CCUGGACUCCUCUGCUCCUCCUCCUCAUCUUCCUCCUUGUCUCCUUACUGGUCAUCCAGCAGGGACUCUGAAGGAGCGUUUGGGGGGAGCGACGCUAAAGUGGACCUGCUGUGAUCCAGGAGGAGAGAAACACCCUGAAAACUGGAUCUGAAGAAGAAGCACAAAGGCCAUGAUCGACUGGCCUAAUGUGACAGCGUCCAGCUACGAGGAGCUGGUCCUAAAACCUGAGGAGCUGCAGAGAUCCAAAUGUGUCCUUGGCUUCAUUCCGGUCAUUUACUACAGUGUUCUGCUUUGUGUGGGAGUACCAGUAAACAUCCUCACAGCAGUGGCCCUGUGCAGACUGGCAUGUCGCACCAAGAAACCUCUGUACUACUACCUCUUAGCAGUGACAGGCUCAGACAUUCUUUCCCAGCUCUUCAUCAUCUUUGUUGGAUUCCUGCUAGAGACGGCUGUUUUUCACCGCGACGUCCCUACUGUCCUGCUGCACGUGGUCAGUGCUGCAGAGUUUGCUGCUAACCACGCCUCCAUUUGGUCCACUAUACCCCUUACUGUGGACCGGUAUGUUGCGCUGUGCCACCCUUUGCUCCACCGACAGAUCAGCUACCCGGCACGGGCCAGGAAGAUCAUUGCAGCUGUGCUGGUGUUGUCGCUAACGUCGGGCAUACCUUUUUUCUGGUGGUCAGACGUGUGGAGAGACAGCCACCUUCCCACAGUGCUGGACGCAGUCCUCAUAUGGACACAUGUUACCAUCAUCUACUUCCUGCCAUGCAGCAUCUUCUUGGUGCUGAACUCUUUAAUAAUCCGCAAGCUGAGGAUAAGGCAGAGGCAGCAGCCCUGCCAGGAAGAGCGUGGGCCUCCACGCCGUCUAGGAAAAACCACGGCCAUGCUGCUGGCGCUCACCUCCGUGUUCUCAGUUCUAUGGGCUCCUCGGACUGUUGUAGUCAUCUACCACCUCUAUGUUUCCUCGGUUCACCAGGAUUGGCGUGUCCACUUGGCCUACGACCUGUCCAAUAUGCUGGCCAUGCUCAACACGGCUGUCAACUUUUUCCUUUACUGCUUCGUCAGCAGACCUUUCCGCAGCGUCGUGCGGGACAUCGUGCUGCUCAGAGGAGGGCCACUGCACCCUCGCCGGCCUCUUCCCCAGCAGCAGGCCCCCAACAAUGCCUCCAACUCAUCUCUCUACAGUGGGAACAACAAACGCUCACGGCGAGACUCCACCCCCUUGUCACCUCGUAGAAACAGAAAGCCCUCGUGACCUGGUGUUUCCCCCCAUUAAUCCAAAACACCCGUCGUCCCACGGUCCUGGUGCACAUCAAACCCCAGGGACCAGCACUGCGUUCAGGCCACGACUGUGGACAGUUGCCAGUCAGCCCUGGAGCUCUCUCCCAGGGCUCCAAACGAUCUGAACUUUCAUGGUUUUUUGUCUUCUCUGACCUGGAGUUGUUUGUUUUAGUAAAUCAAGCAAAAUGGCUGUUUAUUUAUCUUUGCAACAAAGAAUUUGACAAAAUUA